ACUCUAACAUCAUUUGAACAUCAAAUCAAAUGAAUACGUCCUACACAAACUAUUAAUAAGUGUAUCUAUGAUCAAUUUAGUCGAAUGUUUUCUUUUAGCUGUCAGUCAUAUCUAUGUUGCUCUAUGUUCGUGUCUAUGGUAUUUUAUAUAGUCGUUUGAAAUCCAUAUGCCAAUAUAUCAGUUUUGUUAUUUAAAUAAAACAAAAUAAUUGACAAAAGGUUUUGAUUUAAAGAACUUCUAACAAUAAUGAGUGAAUUAAAAAAUGCCGUUGAAAAUCUAAAAGUCUCAACACCAAAAAGAGAUAAAAUUGAAGUAAUGUCUUCAGAAGUGACAGAUUCUAACCCCUACAGUCGAUUAAUGGCCUUAAAGAGAAUGGGCAUUGUCCAAAAUUAUGAAAAUAUUCGGACAUUUACAAUUGCUGUUGUUGGAGUUGGAGGUGUUGGCAGUGUAACAGCAGAAAUGUUGACAAGAUGUGGUAUUGGAAAGUUGAUUUUAUUUGAUUAUGAUAAAGUAGAGUUAGCAAACAUGAAUCGUCUAUUUUUCCAACCACAUCAGUCAGGUUUGAGUAAAGUUAAUGCUGCUGCUGAAACAUUACAGGCUAUCAAUCCAGAUGUUACUAUUGAAACUCAUAAUUAUAACAUUACACUAAUAGAUAAUUUCCAACACUUUGUUGAUACAAUUACAAAAGGUUCUUUAAAUGGAGGCCCUGUUGAUUUGGUUCUGAGCUGUGUUGAUAAUUUUGAAGCUAGAUAUACCAUCAACACUGUUUGUAAUGAAAUAAAUCAGAAGUGGUUUGAAUCUGGGGUUUCGGAAAAUGCUGUGUCUGGGCAUAUACAAUUUAUUAUUCCUGGGCAAACUGCAUGUUUUGCUUGUGCCCCUCCAUUAGUUGUUGCAUCAAGUAUUGAUGAGAAAACACUUAAGAAGGAUGGGGUAUGUGCUGCUAGCUUACCAACCACAAUGGGUAUAGUUGCAGGUUUUCUUGUACAAAAUACUCUGAAAUUUUUAUUAAAGUUUGGUGAAGUGUCCAGUUACUUAGGUUACAAUGCCUUGAAUGAUUUUUUUCCAACCAUGUCUUUAAAACCAAACCCCAACUGUGAAGAUAUCAAUUGUCGGUUGAGACAGAAAGAAGAAGCUGCUAGACCUAAAGUCGUAGUUGAAGUCAGAACAGAGGAAGAAAAACCACUACAUGAAGAAAAUGAAUGGGGAAUUUCUCUUAUAGAUGAAAAUGAAGAUGCUGAAAGUAAACUAAGUAUUUUAGAAUGUAAAGGAAUAAAAUAUGAAUAUGAAGCAAGCAGUCCUAUAAGUGAAACUGAAACAACUGAUAAAAUAGAAACAAGUUUAGAUGAUUUAAUGGCUAAAAUGAAAUCACUUUAAACUUAUUUAUAUUUAUUUAACGAAAAUGUAUUACUUUUUAAUUUGUUCUCUUGUUUUAAUGAUAAAUAUGAUACUAGAAAUAAGUUUAUUCAUUUAUGUAUCUAGUUGGAAUAUUGCAAUUGUUAAUGUAUGCAUAAAAAUAUUGCUUUGUAGAAACUAAAAUAUUCAUAUCAAAAGAAACUUUAAUAGAGAAACUCUCCAGUACUUAUAUUGGUAACAAAAUAUUUGUUUUAUAUUACAAGUGUUUAGUAAAGCUUUACCACAAAAUAUUCAUUUUAAUACUAGAAUGGACAAGUCAGUUGGGCAAAAUAAGAAUUAAAAGAAUUGACUA